AACCAGUGCCAGCAGCUAACGGACUGAAGGAGCAGCAGCUGAAGAGGCAGGCAGAGCUGUGACUAACAUCCUGUGUUUAUACCAUUUGUAGAGGGCUUUAACUCCACCACAGACACUCAACGACGUGGUGUUACAUUUAUGUUACCAUAAAGCAUUUUUACUGUCGCGCUGUUUGCGGUUUAGAUGCAGCCGAAACGCAUGGAGUCCGCGUUGAAAAGGUCGGUGAGGUGUUUUGCGGACAAGAGAUCAUCCAGCUAAUGUUAGCUAGCCGCAUCCAGCCUCGGAUUGUGCGGUGUGGACUUGAGAGUGGUGAAGCUCACUGCUGCUGCUGCUUCUGCCCACUCCACUUAGUCAACGUUGGUCGAACUGACAGACAUCGGGGUUUACUCAAACAAUGGGCCUCAUAUUUGCAAAACUGUGGAGCUUCUUUUGUAAUCAAGAGCACAAAGUGAUCAUUGUUGGACUUGACAAUGCUGGGAAAACCACUAUACUCUACCAAUUUCUAAUGAACGAGGUUGUUCAUACAUCACCCACCAUCGGAAGCAAUGUAGAAGAAAUAGUGGUGAAAAAUACCCACUUCCUCAUGUGGGACAUAGGAGGGCAGGAGUCUCUCAGGUCAUCCUGGAACACUUACUACUCGAAUACAGAGUUCAUCAUUUUGGUAGUGGACAGCACAGACAGAGAGAGACUAGCCAUCUCUAAAGAGGAACUCUACAGGAUGCUGGCUCAUGAGGACCUGAGGAAAGCAGCUGUGUUGAUAUUUGCCAAUAAGCAGGAUAUGAAGGACUGUAUGUCUGCAGCAGAGAUCUCCAAAUACCUCACCCUGAGCUCCAUCAAAGACCACCCCUGGCACAUACAGUCCUGCUGUGCACUUACAGGAGAGGGCUUAUGCCAAGGCCUAGAGUGGAUGACCUCGAGGGCGGGGUUAAGAUAGCGUCUCCCUCAGCCGAAGAUGGCCUGACUACCUGCACCACCUACAAGGUGGCACCACAGCUUGUCCUUACUGGCUUAUUGUUAUUGUUUUUUAUUUCUUUAUUAUUAUUAUUAUUUUUUUUAUUGACAAAGUUGGACCUUGACGUUAUUGAGACUGCACAUGACGGGAGCAUUGACACUUCCACAGCUUGUUACAGUGGAGCUGCUGCUUCUCCCGAUUGACACGAACAGAACUGAUUAUAAUUACAAACCCGGUUACCUAAUGAACGGUGGAAUCUGACGCUAAAGGAGGAGAAGAGAUGUUUUCAUUAGACUGGAGUUCAGAGGAUGUCCAGGGCAGGUCUGCACUGGACGUGGACCAUUAACACUACAUACAUAUCAUGUCACAUCACACUUUAUCAUGUUUUUGUCAUAAAUAUCACAGCACAGGAAACUAUGGUGCAGCUUUUUUUUUCUUUUUCCUUCAUAUAAGUUUGUUCACAUUCAGGUAAAUUUUGACAGGACAUACGAAGGGAUCCUGAUCUGCAAACAGUAUUUUAACACCAAUUUUGUCAGGAGCGGUGACACUUAAGUUUUGUUACAGUGCACAUUUCAGUUUUAUACACUACAUCAUGUUCUCAUUCUUGUUUUUUGUCCGUUAUUCUGUUACAUAUGACGUCAGUUUCAUAAGCUACACAGUUGGUGGUUGUUCUCACACCAGAAAUAUUGGUGCCGUAUUGUGGUAAAUAAUACUGAAAAUCUCCCCUCUUAUUAACUAUGAGCCUGUACAUGUAUAUUAUUGAGCCAGAUGGUUUAAGUACAGUGUUGGCAUGCAAACUUUUUUUUAUCAGCCUGGCCCUAAAACGAAAGGAAAAUACGUUUUAGCAAAGCAUUAAUUGGCUGGUAUUCUGCGACAUGGUUUCAAAUGAACAGUACAAAAGCUUUGUGUUUAUAACAAUUUUUAAAAUGUAAACAAUAUGUUUUGUCAAUGGCGUAUUAUAAUUUUAUUUAAUUUUCAUGUUUUUAUUUUUUACUUUUUAAGGCUGUCAGUCAGGCGGUGCUGGUUUGCAUUAAAACCUGUUUAGUAUUAACAGAUUUUUGGUGCUCUGCAGCUGUGCGUGGCUGCGUCCUAAUAUAACAUUUCUUUAUUUCUCUGCAGCCAUUUUGACACAUACGCUUGCAUACAGAUUUUGUUAUUUUAAACAAAGGGAUCAGAUAAGGCUUCCCUCAGAUAGAUGCAUAUAGUCGAAAUGGUGUCGGAGCUGUUUGACAUGAAGGGGAUAUGGAGGUGCAGGGGGAUGGCGUCUGUCCUGAGGGCUCGGUGGUUUAUUUUAGCCAAUAUGCUACAGAAUAUACUUGAUCCUCAGCCUUAAUCAUGCUGUUCAGCGCAUCUGAGGGACUGUGUGUGUGUAUGAAAUGAUGCCAAUCUGCCCAUGAUUUUAACCCAAGAUUCCCUCUUUAAGAAUUCCUUGAACUAACAGAUCUAUGCACGUGUCACUUUGGAACCUUGUAUAACCUUCUGCAAACUCCAAAACGGUGCAAAAGGAGGGGCGCAUAAGUUUCAUUGGUGAGGGUGAAUUUAAAAAAAAAAAAAAUGGCAAUGAAAGAGCAGUGUCCAUCUUGUCUGGGAGUGCCUCUGG